GCUACUGGUGGUGAUCGAGCUUUGUUCUUCUGGCUUGCUUUCAGGACCGCCGUGGUCCUGAAAGACAACAAUUUCAGCAAAGUAAAUGAUGGCGAUCGAAACUAGUGGAAGAAUAGACAAAGUAAAUGGAAAUGAAUUGAGUUAUGAGGAAUUUGUGGAACGAUACAUGGAGAAGAACCAACCUGUGGUUUUGACAGGUCUUAUGGAUGAUUGGAAGGCUUGCAGCGAUUGGGUCGACGAGAAUGGGCAGCCAAAUCUACGGUUCUUUUCCACGCAUUUCGGGAAAUCCAAGGUUCAGGUUGCAGAUUGCAAUACUAGAGAAUUCACAGAUCAGAAGAGAGUAGAAAUGUCUGUUUCAGAGUUCAUUGAUCAAUGGUGCAAGGAGGCUGUACAGGAGCGUGGCGUUACUUCGAACAAUGGAGAUAUCGACAAGUCUGUACUAUACUUGAAGGACUGGCAUUUUGUGAAGGAAUACCCAAAUUAUGCAGCAUAUUCAACUCCACACUUUGUUUGUGAUGACUGGCUCAAUCUAUACCUCGACAGUUACCGUAUGCACAGGGAUCCCGACUCUUACCAAGAGAAGGAUGAAAUAAGUUGCUCCGACUAUCGUUUUGUUUACAUGGGAGCAAAAGGUUCUUGGACUCCACUUCAUGCGGACGUUUUCAGGUCAUACAGCUGGUCAGCAAAUGUUUGUGGAAAGAAACAAUGGUUUCUUUUGCCUCCUUCUCAGUCUCAUCUUGUAUUCGACAGGAAUAUGAAGGCCUGCAUAUAUAAUAUCUUUGAUGAUAAUAUAAGUGAAAAUUUGUUUCCUGGUUUUAAGAAGGUAAAUAUGAUUCCAGGUGUGCAACCUCUUCUCCUUCUAUGGCUUGAAUAUAUCAGCUUUUUGCAUGUUCAUGUGUUUAUCAUUAUGCAGGCUACCUGGUUGGAGUGCACUCAAGAACAGAAUGAAAUUAUAUUUGUGCCAAGUGGCUGGUAUCAUCAGGUUCAUAAUCUGGAAGACACUGUAUCAAUAAACCACAAUUGGUUUAACUCCUACAACCUCUGUUGGGUGCUGGACUUGAUGGCACGGGAUUACAAUGAAGCUAAGGAGUACAUAGAAGACAUUAGAGAUAUAUGUGAUGACUUUGAAGGUCUCUGUCAGCGCAACCUCGCAGCGAACACAGGCAUGAACUUCUAUGACUUCUUCAUCUUCUUAGCACGCUUUGCUCUUGCCAAUUUGGUGGUAUUAGACAAUCUAGCUAGAGACACCGAAAAUGUUGCUGGGAGCUUAUCUCCAAUGGUUCAACAGUUGGCUCACAAUCUUGCUUCAAUAAAGAACAUUGUCUUGAAAAUGAAAUCCCUGGAAUGUUUUUCAGGAGACCAAGGAUUCGUGUUGGAUCUAGGAGAAACACACAAAGAUCCCAAGUUUUCUAACCUCUGUUACUCUUUAGUUCAAACUUGUGGGUCCAUACAUAAACAACAGAUUUCUCGCCUUUGCACGAAGACAAUCGACACACACGAUUCUAGAUCUUCGACUAUCAUUCAAAACUUCUGUGAUGGUGUUUCAUCCCCCCAAGAUCUUGUCACAUUUAUCGACACGGUCUCAACAGAACGCGCAAAAUCAGAAGCACCAGAAUGAUAGUUCUCAUGUCAUACAUGCACAGCUGAUAUCCAAGCUCGUUGUUGGUAGAACAGUGUGGUUCAUUUACAAGGCAUUGUAGAAAUAAGAAAUCAGAAUAAAUGAUGAAUCUCACUAGUGCUAGUCCUCCUGGCAUUGAAGUGACAAAUCUUUGCUUUCAGAUUCUCUUUCUCUCUCAUGAUUGGAUCGUUGCAGUGAUUCAAAGAAAAGGAGGGAAACAGAGGUUAGCAGUCUGUGUUCAGGCCACCACACAAAGAUGAGCGCCUGUGGUUAAAGUUGGCGGCACCAAGCUGUGGCGUCCAUUUCACUCUUCCCCUCACUCACUGGUUCAUCACUCCCUCUCAUCUCUUGUUUUUUAUCCAAUAAUCUGUUCUAAACAAAUCUUUGGAACUAUUUAAUUAGUUUGUGAUGCGAGAUUUCUGUUAUUUGUUUGUCUCAUGAGAUGGACGAGUAUCUAAAGCAUGUAAUGGGUUUGAUCUUCCACUCUGCAAUUGUUCAAACGGUUGCUAUACCAACUUUUUUGAACUAAAACUCAUUUGCAAGCUCUCCCUUUUCCUA